GAUGGGCCGGCGAGGCGAGGCGUGGGUAUCCUCGCGGUGAGUGACGCCCGGGGCCGCCAUGGCAGUAGUAGCAGCAGCAGCAGCAGCGGCGGCGCCAGCGGCGCACCCUCUAGCUGUCCGGGCCGUUCGCAUCUACCUGCUACUCAGCGGACUCCAUCUCGUCCUGGGCGGUUCCCUGCUACCGGAGGCGGGCGGGGGGUUGAGCCCUCCUAAAGAAGACUCGGAGGCGGUGCAGUGGGAACAGAAUGCUGGCACAGUAGCAUUCAACGUGACGCGUGCUGUGGUGGCACAGUUCACACCAGCCAAUGGCACCCACAGACUCACUCACCUGUCGCUCGACUCCAACACUGAUGAUGUCUACCUUGGUGCUGUGAACCGCCUCUAUCAGUUAGAUGGUGACACCUUCUACCCGCUGCACCAGGUGGUAACGGGACCUCGACAAGACUCCCCGUCUUGCCACGCUAGUGGGUGCGAACCCCACGUUCAGAAAGUGCCCACUGAUAACUACAAUAAGCUGCUCGUAGUAGCACAGUCUGUUGGUCGAGUGAUAGCGUGUGGGUCUGUGUCACAGGGCGCAUGUGACACUUAUCACCUAGGGAACAUCUCGGUGCAUCGGAAUUACAUUCCUAAGUCCGUAGCAGCCAACCACCCCAAUGCCUCUACGUUUGCAUUCGUGGGACCAGAACGGUACCACCCAUGGGGUGGCUCAGAGGCACUUUACGUUGGCACCACCUUCACCACCGUCGGGGAUUACCGUCACGAUGUUCCCGCCAUCUCUACCAGAAAUCUCUAUGAUCUAGAUUACGCAGAGUUUUCCUACUCUAAACAGUCACUACUUCGUAUAGAUGUUAAGCUACGGGACCACUUCCUCGUUCAGUAUGUCUAUGGUUUUAAUGCUACCAACUACGUGUAUUUCCUGACGGUGCAGAAGAAGUCGCACCUCCCAGGACAAGAAGAAUCUGGCUACGUGAGUCGCAUCUCUAGGUCUUGUAUCUCGGACCCCAACUAUGACUCUUACACGGAGAUCACACUCGAGUGUCAGGGAGGUGACAGCGCCAACUACAAUCUGGUGCAGGACGCCAAGCUGAUCCGUGCAGGCAGUGACCUGGCCGCCAGCAUGGGCAUGGCCAAAGGUGACCCGCUCCUGGUGGGCGUGUUCGCGCCCUCACAAGGACACACAGCGAGGCCUGAGACCGCCUCUGCCGUGUGUGUGUACUCUGUGCAUGAUAUUGAAGCCAAGUUUAACGAAAACAUCCACAUGUGCUUCAACGGGUCCAUGUUGUACCGCAGUAUGGAGUACAUCUCUGGCCCCAUCCUCAACGGCAAGUGUCCCCAGCAGGGCACCAUGGGCAACAUCCUCUCCUUCUGUGAAGUGGGUCUCAAGAUCUCCGGCCCGGCGCCUGUGGUGGGCAGGGCGGCACUGCGGCUGCCCAGGACCUUGGUGACGGGGUUGCAAGCCACAGCUGCCGCCGCCCACACCGUCGCCUUCCUGGGCACCAGCACCGGCACCAUCAAGAAGAUCCUGGUGGCGUCGUCGGAAGAAGCGGCCGAGUACGAGGAAGUGGAAGUGGACUCGGGCUUCCCCAUCCUGCCUGACAUGCGCUUCAGAGCUAUUGUGGAUGUGUCCCUAAAACUUACCAAUUUGGUAUGGUUCCUCCCAUGGUGCACGGUACAGUCGGCGUGCCAGAAGGCGACCUUCUCCUCCCCUCGCUGGCUCAGCUUCGGCUCCGGACAGCAGUGUAUCGACUUCGAGAUGAUCCUGCCUGACAGACUGCCCAUAGACCAAAAUGAUACGAUUAUUCGUUGUGUGAGGAAAUUUGACUUCGAUUUUUAUGCCAAUUUAUGGGAGUUCAGGCUGACGAUCCGGACGUUGCCAGAGCGACUGGUGGGGGCCAAGUACAGUGUGGGUUUGCGCCCCCGGGUGACGCCCCAGAUUGCUUCUAGGCUCACUCAUCAUGCCUGGCACGCCUAUACCCGUCACAGCCAUCCUCGAAUCCACUACGACCAUUUAAAGUCCUGGUGCCGCUGGCCGUCUGCCCAGCGAGACCAACAAGGACUUUUGUUCCCUGCAAUCUUGGUUUUCUACGACUGCGGCUGUUUCACAACACCUGGUAGCUGGGUGUGCGGAGCGACUGGCGUAACUGUGCGUGCAUGCCCACCUGAUGGUGCACGGGUCCGGCACUCUUACCUGUUCUGGACGGAUCAGUCCCAGCUGUUGGCGGCGGACAGGGCUCGCUCAGAGCUACAACUUAAGGUGGAGAACCUGCCGGCACUUCACUCGAGUCAGCUGGGCUUCCAGUGUGUGGUGAGCAUUGAAGGUGCUACCAUGCCGGGGCUUAGGUGGUGGAGUGACGACGAGGAGCUGAAGAUGUAUACAGUCCCAAGCACACCAUUACCAGUUAGCAGCUACACCCGAUGUGCAGCGCGUGGUGAGCCCACCGUCUACCGCCAUGAGUCUACCGAGGAGAUGUGUCACGCGUCACCCGCGCUACCGCUGCAUCUGGUGUGGCGCUGCCUGCAGGUGUACCGAACUGCCCCUCCGCCCUCGGCGGCGUGCUGGCGUCUCGGUGGCCGCCUUGCCGCGACCCACCGACCGGGACCAAUUGGGUAUCAUAGCCAACGAUGCUCGACUCAGCCAGUGCCCCACGCCCAGGAUACAGACAUGAUCCAGCCUCUGGCAGGCCCCCUGGAGGGCGGCACACUGGUCACCAUAGAAGGCAGCAACCUGGGGCUGCGGGAGGAGGAUGUGCGAGGCAAGACCUUCAUCGGCGAAGUGCCCUGCCACGUGCAUGAAUACCACGUGUCUGUCAAGAUCACGUGCCGCACGGGGAAGGCGCCACUACGUGGUAUAUCUGCUGCCACUCAAGAUCUCCAGUUUCCUGUCAGUGUGUCCACGCCGGCCGGUACCACCACCUCUACCGUCAAGUUCACAUACACCAACGUGACCGUGACGGAUGUGUGGCCGAGGCACGGACCAGUGUCGGGAGGUACUGUGCUUUCCAUCAGCGGCCGCUUCCUCAACGUGGGCUCCCACGUGUCCGCCACACUCGAUGACCUUCCUUGUAUCGUCAACAAGACGCAGUCGUCGUCGCACCGGCUUGUAUGUGUGACCUCCCGAGCGACUGCGUCGGGUGACAGCAGCGAUGAAGGCGAUGGACCACUAAGGAUCGUGCGCAAGCUGACGGUGACAGUGGACAGUGCAGAACGUUAUCUCGCCUCUCCUUUCACAUACAAGCCAGACCCAAGAGUCCUCGAACUCAAACCACGUCGAAGUCCUUGGAGUGGUGGCCGCAUGCUGACUGUACACGGGACCCAGUUAGACGCUAUACAGGCUCCCCGCAUCACUGUACUACUGCAGGACCGCAUUCUUAACUCCUCUGGGUGUCGUGUCCUGGGGCCUGACCAGAUGGAGUGCCCCUCACCCCCCGUGGAUCGUAAGGCUCUGCUGGCGCUGCUUCGGGAGAGGAGAGACGCCCACGACGACGACGACGACAGGAGAGAUGCCCACGACGACGACGACGACAACCCAAGAGCGGAGGCCAGAGUGUCCCAUAAAGUCUCCAGGUCCCCACGUCAGAACUACGGAGACUCCAUCGCCCUGGACGUCGGCUUCAUCAUGGACAACGUGGCUUCUGUCAGGAACUUGAGGCACGUCUUGUCUUCCUCUGCCCGCUCCCUCGUCUACGUUCUCGACCCCACCUACAAGGAGUUCCCCAACAGCAUCAAACUCUAUAAAGGCGACACACUCGUCAUAGAGGGCGAGAAUCUUAACUUAGCCAGCGAUGAGUCAGACGUCAACGUGACCAUUGGGACCCGCCAGUGUAACGUGACGUCCCUGGCCCUGACGCAGCUGGUGUGUACUCCCCCGGAGGUCCAGCCGCCCCCAACUGACGAGCUUGGUCACUCCACAGAACACGACCUCCCUCUAGUGGUAGUCAGGAUGGGCCAAAACCUCAGAUUUCCCAUUGGAUAUCUUCGCUACGAGAUGAUCAAGGAGUACCAGUUCCCACCUGAGGCCAUAGGAGGGAUGGCAGCUGGCGGGUUGUUCCUGGUGUUAGUGUCGAUGGUUAUCCUGGUGGUGUAUCGCCGCAAGAGUAACCAGGCUGAGCGAGAGUACAAGCGUAUCCAGAUCCAGAUGGACACCCUUGAGUCCAACGUCCGCUCCGAGUGUAAACAAGCGUUCGCGGAGCUACAAACGGACAUGACAGACCUGACAGCUGAUCUGGAGUCUUCAGGCAUCCCCACCCUCGACCACCGCAGCUACGUGAUGAAAGUGUUCUUCCCUGGCGUCACCGACCACCCCAUCCUUAACGACCCCAAGCUUCGCAUGAAUGGGUGUCGACCAGCCAUGGACAGCGCCAUGAUCCAGUUUGAGCAACUCAUCACCAACAGAUACUUCCUGCUGGCCCUCAUAGAGACGCUCGAGGCCCAGAAAACUUUCAACAUUAGAGACAUAGUGAACGUGGCGUCACUGCUGGUGGUGGCCAUGGCGGGGAGGAUGGAGUACCUGACGGAGAUCCUGCGCCUCCUGCUGCUGCGCCUCAUUGACAAGAGUGUGGCCACCAAGCACCCGCAGCUCAUGCUCCGCAGGACAGAGAGCGUGGUGGAGAAGAUGCUCACUAACUGGAUGACUUUGUGCAUGUACACAUACCUCAAGGAGCAGGCGGGCCCCUCGCUCUUCCUGCUGUACAAGGCCAUCAAGCACCAGGUGGAGAAGGGACCCGUGGACGCCCUCACCCACGACGCCCGCUACUGCCUCUCGGAAGAGCGCCUCCUGAGGGAACAGAUUACUCACUCCUACGUU